AUGGGUAUGGAAGAUUGGGACGAGAGUGCUGUGGAUCUCUUGCUAGGCGUAGCCUGUGUGGAAGCCGACGAGCUGUUGGCGACAGCCACCAGGUUGAGCAAGAGUUCUGGCAGCGCUGUCACGGUUGAGGACAUGCGGAUUGCGGCGGAUUGGCGAUAUGGGCACAGAGAUGGGGCAGAUGAGCAGGCGAGGCGCCAGGCAGCCAAGCGCCGCAAGAAGAUCAACGAGAAGCCUUUGCCGGAAGUGAAAAGCAAGGGCCAGCCGCUCUUUCCGCAGGACGUGUGGAUUGGAGGUGAGGACCGGCAGCAAGUGGUGGAUGAAUCGGCUGAAGAAGCCGAGUUGGAAGCAGUGGGCUGA